AACCCUCAAAAAUCAAAAGGGAAGGAACCACCAGUAACCAUUUUCCUCUCACCAAAAAUGGCUUCCUCUUCCAUGGCCAGGCUCUCGAGGACGCUCUCUCGUUCUAUGCAAGCAAACUCCAGGACUUUACUCUCCAUGCGCUUCUACACCACCACUACCACCACCGGCACCUCCUCCUCCAGCAGUGACAGCUCCGACUCGGACGAGUCCAACCCUCUCAAGUCGGAGGCAGAGUCAACCUCGGGCGACGCCUCCCAACCGCCGCCUCCGUCCGAUGAACCCAUUCGAAGAAGCUUCAUCUACGAUCGCCCGCUCGAGAACGGCCUCGACGCCGGCAUUUAUAAGGCGAUUUUGGUGGGGCAGGUGGGGCAGAGUCCUUUGCAGAAGAGGCUGAAGAGCGGGGCAUCCGUAACCAUGUUUUCAAUUGGGACCGGCGGGAUUCGGAACAACCGGCGGCCGUUGGAUAACGAGGACCCGGUGGAGUAUGCGAACCGCUGCAACUGUCCAGUGGCACCGCGUGUGUGCAUUUAUCCGGACCGGCUUAGCAUGAUUGCCAUGAAGAAUGCUGUGCCUGGUUCGAUUAUAUAUGUGGAAGGUAAUCUGGAGACCAAAAUCUUCGCUGAUCCGGUUAGUGGGCUUGUUCGACGAGUUAGAGAGAUUUCUAUUCGCAGAAACGGUCGCCUUGUGUUUUUGGGCAAAGGUGAUGGUGCUGAGCAAUCACCAAAAUGGGGGCUCAAAGGUGUUGGCUACUACUAAAAAGCUUUGUUUUAACCUUUAAGCGGCACAGAUCUGCUCGACGAAAGACCAAUUCUUUCGUUUGUAAUUAACGUUCUGUUGCAUCCCAAGUAGCUGAGAUUGAGAUUUCUUGUUCCAAACAUGGCUGUUAAACUUCUCAAUCCGAUUCAACAAUUCGCUCUCUUUUCAAUC